GUGCAUUUCUGAUUCGAGCGUGUGUGAACGGGACUUUUAUUUUGGAAUGGCUGUAUGACGUCAUAAGGCUGCGCUGUUAACCAGGAGCUUGUAACUCGCCUGAAAAAAAGAAAAACAUCCACGUGACACACUAUUAUACAGAUGGCGUUUAUUAAAGAGGAGAGUGAAGACAUUAGGAUUGCAGAAGUAUUCAGCAUCAAACAUGAAGAUACUGAGGAACAAACAGACCUGAAGGUGCUGAAAGAGGAGAGUCAAGAACUGAAUGAAAAUGAAGACAAGUACCUGGUUGAGACAAAUCCUGAUUUCUUAACGGAAGAAACAUAUUUUAGCUGCUCGCAGACUAAAGAGACUUCCACACGAAAAAGAGCUCAGAAGACAGGAACUAGAGGUUUCUCCUGCCAACACUGUGGAAAAAGUUUUACUCAAAAUGAAACCCUUAAAAGACACAUGAGAAUUCACACUGGAGAGAAGCCUUUCACAUGCAAACAGUGUGGCAAGGGCUUCAAUGAAUUGGGACACCUUGAAGGCCACAUGAGAAUUCAUACUGGAGAGAAAUCUUUCACCUGUACUCAGUGUGGAAAGAAUUUGACAUGCAAAUAUAGUCUUGAUGUUCACACGAGAGUUCAUACUGGAGAGAAACCUUACAAGUGUUCACACAGUGACAAGAGAUUCAGUCAGUCAAGAAAUCUGAAAAAACAUGAGAGGAUCCAAACUGGAGAGAAACCGCACAAAUGUUAUCAGUGCGGGAAGAGUUUUGCACAAAAAGGAGACUUUAAGGGGCAUAUGAGAGUUCAUACUGGAGAGAAACCAUUCACUUGUGAUCAGUGUGGGAAGAGUUUCUCACGAUCAUCAAGCCUUAAGGAUCAUAUGAACAUCCACACUGGAGAGAAACUGUACACAUGUGAUCAAUGCGGGAAAACAUUUUUGAGAGCUUCAGACCUGAAGCAGCACCUGAGAGUUCAUACAAAGGAGAAACCACAUUCAUGUCAUUUGUGUGGAAAUUGUUUUUCACGUCUACAAAGUUUGAAAAUACAUCAGAAAAUACAUACUGGUGUGAGAGAUUACAUGUGCUUUGAGUGCGAGAAGACUUUUACUUCAGCGAGCUGUUUAAAACAACACCAGAGGAUCCACACUGGAGAGAAACCUUACAAGUGUUCACACUGUGGCAAGAGAUUCAGACUGUCAGCAACUCUGAAAAUACAUGAGAGGAUCCACACUGGAGUGAAACCGUACACAUGUGAUCAGUGCGGGAAGAGUUUCACAAUAAAAGGGAACCUUUUGGAGCAUAUGAGAGUUCAUACUGGAGAGAAACCGUUCACUUGUGAUCAGUGUGGGAAGAGUUUUGCACGAUCAGCAACCCUUAAGUUACACAAGAACAUCCACACUAGAGAGAAAACGUACACACGUGAUCAAUGCGGGAAAACAUUUUUGAGUGCUUCAGUCCUGAAAACACACCUGAAAGUUCACACAAAGGAGAAACCACAUUCAUGUCAUUUGUGUGGAAAAAGUUUUUCACGUCUACAAUAUUUAAAAGAACAUCAGAAAUUACAUACUGGUGUGAGAGAGUACAUGUGCUUUGAGUGUGAGAAGACUUUUACUACAGCAGACUGUUUAAAACAGCACGAGAGGAUUCACACUGGAGAAAACCCAUACAAGUGUUCACACUGUGAGAAGAGAUUCAGUGAUUCAGCAAUCCUGAAAAGACAUGAGAGGAAUCACACUAGAGAAAAACCGUACAAGUGUUCACACUGCAACAAGAGAUUCAGUCAGCCUGGAAUCCUGAAAACACAUGAGAGGAUCCACACCGGAGAGAAACCUUACAAGUGUUCACAUUGCGAGAAGAGAUUCAGUGAUUCAGGAAUCCUGAAAAGACACGAGAGGAUUCACACUAGAGAAAAACCGUACAAGUGUUCACACUGCAACAAGAGAUUCAGUCAGUCAGGAGACCUGAAAAGACAUAAGAUGAUUCACACUGGAGAGAAACCUUACAAGUGUUCACACUGCAGCAAGAGAUUCAGUCAGUCUGGAAUCCUGAAAACACAUGAGAGGAUCCACACUGGAGAGAAACCGUAUCACUGCACUGCAUGUGGGAAGUGUUUCAAUCAAUCUUCUGCACUACACAGACAUACAAACAACAUUCACAGUAAGUAGAUCAUCUUCAGAUCCAGCACUUUCAGGUCUGAUGCUGCGUCCUCACCAAAUGUGACACAAUAAUGAAUCAAGCAAUAAAAUAUCAUCUGGAUAAAUCUGUCAUUACAAGUGA